CACUGUUUCGCAAUCUAUACUUACAAGAUACAUAUAUAUAACAAACAGAAAAAAGAAAAAACCAGCAAAAAUGGCACGCGAAAUCAUUGUCCUUGCCCUCGUCUUCUUCGCCAUUGUCGGGAUGGCUUCAGCUGCAGGAGACCACAAGGAAGCACACGCCGCCGGGGCUGAGGCGCCAAAGACUUCAGCUGCUGGAGGAGACGGUGUCAUUGGCACUAUUACUGGUGGCCACAGUACCGACGCAGCACCUGUUGGCGGACCUGUUCCGGCUGGAAGUUUCCACAACCUUGCUCCUGGACCAUCAUCCAAGAGCACCAGACUUGAAGUCACCACAGUCGCCGGAGCUUUUGCUGCCGCCGCCGUUGCUGGUUCUUUCUUCUUCUAAAUUAAUUGAGUGGUCACCUUUUGCCUGAUUGCCUCCAUGCAUGGGGUUUUAGGAUAAUCACCAAAUCUGCAAUAAAUUGGAGCUCAAAUGCUCAAUCAAUUGGUAUAGAAUCUGUAGAUUCCUCUUUUGUUUUUAUAGAAAUUUUUUUGUAGCUCACAAAUUAGUGAGUUCUUCGAUCAGACAAAUGAAUAAAUUGAAAAGAAAAGGUACUUAGUACUUACCAUGUUUUCUUCCU